UGUAAUUAGAUGGAAUUUAAGUAUUUAAGUGAAUAAUGUGUUGGUGUUAAUUUUGAACUUAAAGUGUUAGUGAAGGGUUUUGGUUGAUAAUUCUUUUAUCAAGAAUAAGCAAUGUUUGAAAUUUGCGAGGUUUUCGCGUUCGGGCCUCGUGGAAUCGUGGCAUGGGGGGUAAAAUCACAAACUUUUAAAACUGCUUCAGGUCUUUGUAGAAAUAUCAACAUUUUCAGGGUUUCCACGGCUAAAGAUUAAAGAACCAAAACGAGAUUUCAAAAGCAAAGCGAUAGAUUUUCCCUUUUUUAAUAAGCCAUUUAAAAAACAAAAAAUUGCAAAAGCAGAAAACGAAAAACGGCCUGGGAAUCGGGUAGAGAAACAAAGAGUGGGAAGACGAAGAGAAGCAGAAGCGAAAGAAAGAAAAAAAAGAAGCUAAAAGCAGCCAAAACGCAAUUUCUUGUCGCCCUCCUUUUUUUUUUUUUAAAUCGAAAAUAAUAAUAGAAAUUAUUGUUAUUCUAUUAUUUUUUGCUCCAAAUUAUUUGAGAAUUGACUCCUCACCCUCCAAAUUUUUCUUUUUGUUACUUUUCCUUUAUGUCUCCUCAGAUCUAAACUUUCUCAGAAAUUUAGGGGCGACACCGAUUGAGCAAAUCCGCGACGAAAUUAGAAAUAAAAACCGCCGGUUCGAUCCAAGAAUCCGAAUUGAAAUGGAUGAUUUUCCAGGUUUAUUGGCCAAAGAUUUUGGGAUCAAACCCCAAGGUAAGUCGGCGCCAAUGGCACCUCUUAGAAACCCUUCUUCGGGUCCGAAAUACGGGUUGCGAUCAGAGUUUACCACAUCCUCAUCUGGCUACGGCAAAUCAUCAUCCAAUUCCAUUUUCGACGAUCAAGAUCGCGACGGGCUGAUUUUCAACGACCUCUACGGUGGAACCCCCAAAUACUUCUCCGAGUCUCGAACCACAACCGAGCAAACAUCGUCGUUCGAUUACGACUCCCUUUUCAAGGACCCGAAGCCCCCGGUUUUUGACAAGCCUGUUUACGAUGACGAUCUUUUUGAUGGAUUGCCUGGGAUCAAGAGCUCUUCCUCGACAUCGGCCCGUAAGUACGACGACGUUUUUACGCUGUCGGGGUCUCCGCCUCCUCCUAAGCAUAAGUCGCUGAACAGCUCGCCGUUUGAUGAACUGCUUGGGAAUCUGGGGAGGAAGGGUACCGAGACAAUGGCGAAGAGCGAGAGAGUGAAAGUGGAGAAAGAUGCACCUCUUUUUGACGAUUUGCUUCCUGGUUUCGGUCGAAGUAGCUCUCCUGCAUCUGCAAGGUCAAUUUCAGAGGCUGGUCAGUCCCACAAACCUGCCUCAAAUUCAAGCAAGGCUGGCUCCAAUUUGAUGGAGGACCCUUUUGUUGUCUUAGAAACAACAUCAGACCCUGCGGAUUCAUCCUCAGGGUUGUUUACAGACCCCUUGGAAGAAAUAAGUAAACUUAAUGGAUCUAGGAAGUCUAGAGUGGAGAGUACAUCUGGAAGUGGGGGAGUAUUUGAUGAUAUAGAUCCUCUGGACGGUCUUGGGAAAUCGGUACCUCCUCUGUCACCUGAGAUCAAUAAGAGAGGGAAGGAUAGAGGCCCUUUAAAAACUGCAAGUGGACCACAAACUCCUGCUAGUAAAGAGCCAAGUGAUGAAGAUUAUGAGCACCACACUAAGAAGAGGAUGCCUUCUAUGGACAAUAUUCCGGAAUCUCAUCAAACUGUGUUUGACAUGCCCAGUAUUUCUACUGAUUUUCAUAGCUCAGUUGGUCGAACUACUAGUCCUCCUCCUUACUCAAAUGUUAGUUCUAAUGAGACUAGUUCCCAGGUAAAUACAACUCCAAGAUCUGAGGAGAACUUCGACGCAUCUGAUGAUGUGUGGCUUACCGUAUCAGAGAUUCCUCUCUUUACCCAACCUACUAGCGCUCCACCCCCUUCCAGACCCCCGCCUCCUAGACCACCACGAGUUUCAAAGGCACAUACAGGCUCAUUUUCUUCCAUAAAUGCAAAAAAGAAGGUCAAUGAUUUUUCUUCCUUCCAAAAUUCAACUCAGUUCUCACACAGCCCUCAGUCAGCUCGUGCCCCAGCAAGAAGCUCCAUUACAUCUCAAAUUGAUGAACUUGAAGAUUUUGCAAUGGGUAGGGCCCGAAAUAAUGUUGAACAGGUUGAAGUUUUUCCUGGUGAUGAUUUUGAGACAAAUUCUGUUGCUGCUGCUUCUGCUGCUGCCAUGAAAGAGGCAAUGGAUAGAGCAGAGGCUAAAUUUAGGCAUGCUAAGGAAAUGAGGGAGAGAGAGAAUUUAAAAACUGCUAGAAAUAAAGAAACUGGUCAAAUGGAUAAGGACGAGAGAACUAUGCAACAAGAUGCUUUGGACAGAGAAGUUAGAGAAAAGCAAGAGAGACUGGAGCGUGAGAGGCAACAAAGGGAAAGGGAGGAGGAAGAGAGAGAGCAAAUGAGACGUGAAUUGGAGAGGGAAAGGGAGGAGAAGGAGAGAGAGCAAAAGAGACGUGAAUUGGAGAGGGAAAGGGAGGAGAAGGAGAGAGCACAAAGAAGGCUUGAGAAAGAGAGGGAGCGAGUUAGGGAGAUGGAGAGGGAAAGGGAAAUGGCCAGACAAGUUGUUGAAAGGGCUGCUAGAGAAGCACGUGAAAGAGUAGCAACUGAAGCUCGUGCAAGAGCUGAAAGGGCUGCUGUUGAAAAGGCAGCUGCUGAAGCUCGAGAACGUGCAGAAAGGGCUGCAGUGCAGAGAGUACAAGCUGAAGCUCGUGAAAGGGCAGCAGCUGAGGCAAGAGAAAGAGCUGAAAGAGCUGCUGCAGAAGCGAGAGAAAGGGAAGCACGGGAGAGGACUGCAACAGCAAAAGCUGAAGCUGAAGCAAGGCUUAGAGCAGAAAGAGCUGCUGUGGAGAGGGCAGCUGCAGAGGCUCGAGAAAGGGCAGCUGCUGAGGCUCAAGAAAGGGCUGCUGCUGCAAGGGCAAGCCAGCAAAAGAAUGACAAUGAUCUUGAAUCCUUUUUUAGUAUGGGUUCUCGACCAAGCAGUGCACCAGGGCCAAGAGCUAGCUCUUCCGAGCCCAUGUUUGAUGGACAAAACAAGGUAGGGCCUGAAGUGGCUAGGAGAACAUCUGUUGGAUCCUCGUCUAGCAUGAGGAAAGCUUCUUCAUCUGCAAAUAUUGUUGAUGAUCUCAGUUCUAUUUUUGGAGCUGCUGCAUCUUCAUCUGGAGAGUUCCAAGAGGUUGAAGGGGAAACUGAAGAAAGGCGAAGAGCCAGGUUGGAACGCCACCAACGCACUCAGGAGCGUGCGGCAAAAGCACUUGCUGAGAAAAAUCAACGUGACCUUCAAGUGCAAAGGGAACAAGCUGAGAGACAUAGAAUUGCUGAAACACUAGAUGUUGAGAUCAAGAGAUGGGCAGCUGGGAAAGAGGGGAAUUUGCGUGCUCUGCUGUCAACGCUGCAAUAUGUUCUUUGGCCUGAAUGUGGUUGGCAACCUGUUUCUUUGACGGAUUUGAUUACAGCUGCUGCAGUUAAAAAGGCUUAUAGAAAGGCGACUCUUUGCAUCCAUCCUGAUAAAGUCCAGCAAAAAGGUGCCAAUCUUCAACAGAAAUAUGUGGCGGAGAAGGUCUUUGACUUGCUCAAGGAAGCCUGGAACAAGUUCAAUUCAGAGGAGCUUUUCUGAGUUUCAAUUCAUUUAUUACAUAACUCAAAAAAUUCAUCAUUCUGCAAACUACGCGUUGGAGUUGAAUGCAUUCCAGCUGCCAUAAUUCUAUUAUCAGCUGCUGUUGUCUGCUUCGAUUUGAUGAUUCAUUAUAUCAGCUGUUAAAGCAUGGCAUAUGGUGCCUGCUUUGAAGGUAUGCGAAGGGUGAAGUACUCUUCUUUUAUUCAGGUUGCUGUACAUUAAUCUUCAUCCAGCUUACGCCCACGUAAAAUUGGCAUCUCCGUCUUAGCAUAGAUGAUAUUCAGCGAAUCGGUUGGUUCUAUCAUCCGCCCCAUAUGCACGAGAUGAGGGGAUUUUUGUGUUAAGUUCUUUUGUAAUUGUUUCUUUGUGUUUUUCGUUUCCCCACCUUUUGUGGCCGAUAGAGCUUUGAUAAGUUGAGUUAGCUCCAAUCUGUUCUAUUGAUAUCAAAACAAUAGUUUGAGAUGUGUAUGAUUGAUGAGAUGGGUACUCCGAGGUGGAAGUUUCAUAUAUAUAUAAAUUUUUUACUUAAGGCAUACUUGUUUCUUGUUAAAAAGGUUGGAACUUUUUUUGUUAUAAAAAUGGUCGAAU